AUGGAGACUGAUCUUACAGGAGGUCCUUUUGAAAAUUCUAACGGAUCAUCACAUUCGCCGAUCUAUGCCACAUCCUCUCCAUCGGUACCAAAUUCAUGUUCAAAUCCUCCGAUUAAUGAGCUUUUCGAGGACUCAACUAAUGCAUCGACCGCGACGGAAGGUUCACUGGAAUCACCUGCGAAUUCCGAAAUAGACGACCUCUUCGAAGAACACCCAACCAGUACAUCGACUCCAAAUGAAAGUCCACUCAAUAAUGGUGCGACCGAAGCGAAUGACGAAACAAUGGAUGGCAGUGUCAAUGGUAUUUACCUUAACACCUCGAUCAACGACCCCUCCACGCCAGAAAGCAUAUCUUUUGAUCACUCUCCCCCAAAGGACAACAUGCCGGAUCUUGCUCCUUCGCUUUCAAAUGAUAUGCGCGCUCAAUCAUAUCCUUCGGUGGUCGAUUCUGAAUCCGAGAAUCGAGGAAGUCAACCUGCAACAAGUCUUCUUUCUGGGCCAAACAUAUUUCUAAAUCUCGAUGCCGAAUCGUCUAUGGUGACAUCAUCCACCAGUGCUGAGAUGUUGGAUCAGAAUUCUCUUCAGCAGCGAGGGAAAGAUAACUUUGGAUUAUUCAACAUGGAGGGUGAUACGGUGCAAGCUUACAUUGAGGAAAAUCAUAUUGAGUGA